AUGGCUGCAGAGGGGCAUCCCCCGGCCAGGGCGAGGAGCGCCGGAGCAGCCUGCCGUCGGCUGCGGGGGAGCCCCAUCCCGCCAGUCGGCAGCGCCGUCCCGCUCAUCGAGCGGAGGGGGGCGAGCGGACUCACCCGGGUUCGGCGGGACGGGGCUGGGGCCGCCGCUGCCACCGCCUGGAGAUGGGGUGGUCAGGUUGUUCUGGCUCCCGGCGGCGUUGCGGGGCCGCAGGGACAGAGCACUCGCCGCCGGGGAGAAGCGUUGAGGCUGUGCUGGGGUGAACAGAGGCUGCCGGAGAAGGAUGGUGCUUCUGGGGAAACAACACCCUCCGCUCCCCCCCUCUUCCCGGCGCGGGCGGUCUGCUCGCCUUUGAUUGCGAGGCGAGGGCAUCCUGCCCCCGCCGCUCCCCCCUCCCGGGAUGGUUACAUACAAAGGCUGCUUUCCAGGAACUUUCCAGGAACCGCAUCAUGUGACAGAACCCGCUCCGGCGCCUCCGCCGCGAUCGCGGCCAGCCAGGGCCGACGCACCGAGCCGCCGCCCCUGUCACGCCGGGGCAGCGGUCGCCGAAUGCUGCCCCGCGGCCCCCCCGCCUCCUCCUCCGCCCGCGGGGCCGCGGGCGACGCGCAGAUAGAAGCAGGUGUGGCAGGAGGGAGCGUGAGCUUUCCAGUGGAACACAUGACAGCAGGGACCUGCUCCAGGAGUCUCAACAGGGGCAUCUGUGAACUGGACUGGAGAAUCUUCACGACUCAGGUUGUUUAGAGAACAGUAGUUAUGCGUGUGAGUUGCUGUUUUUGUGUGUCUGUAUAAGCCUGUGCUAGACUCGUUCACACUUGGUACUCUGACCAAAGGCAGGCUAAGCUCAGGUAAUCUGCAAAAAUGCUGUGGGUUCACACUACCUGAUUUCAGAGGGCAUACUUGUAUUUCUAAAUAAUAAUAAAAAAAAAAGUCCCUGAUGUUAAGAAGGACUUAUAUUGGGAAUAUAAGGGGAACAUAUAUGGCUUAUAUUCACAUUAGCUGGGGCUAGUUCCCUCUUGAGGAGACUCCCAUAUUCACAUCACGCAGUCCUCUUUGGACUCUUUCUGGUGCCCCUACAGAUCCAACUUGCCAUUCUGGGUUUUUUUGUGUUAUCUUUUUAGAUAAUUUGAAGUAUCUGAAAUUACGUGAAACUGUAUUACAGGCUGUGAGAAGGGUGCUUUCCUAGCAUGAAAGUGAGGGGGUGUGUUAUAUGUUUUGGCAUGUGGUCACGUUUGAGGGUGCACAGCUCGAGCAGUUUAGAAGAGCAGGCAGCGUGAAGUCAAACAAGAUAUGAUAUCAGGAGCAGUGGUUGGUGCAGACUCUCCCUGCAGCAGUGGGCAGCCAUUGCUUGAAAGAGGGCUUGGUGGAACAUGGGGAGGUAAUGAAGAGUUGUGGGGAGCAGCAGCUGGGGCUUGAGCUUGCUCCCCAGCCUGCCGCAGUAAGGACGAGCUCAGAGGGAUUCCAAGCAUCUGCCUGCUGCUGAGCCACUGUGGCAUGGUAAAGCACAGACAGGCGUUUUGACUGCAGGAUAAAGGCAUCACUGUAUUUCCUGUGUCAUUUCCACAAAGUCAUGACUUAAAAUCUUGGUCAUAUUGAAACAAAACACUGACCAAGUUCCAGCAAUUCAAGCUUUUGUCCUUGCACUGGACAAGGACUGGCUAAGCACUGUGUAGGUACUAACCACUCUUCUCUUCACAGGCCAUUGUGUGCCUUACCAGUGGCCUCUCUGGGCUCACUUCAAAUCUUUCUUCAACAAAUAUGGCCACAUAAAGUCCAUGAAUUGUAACCCAUGCAGCCAAGAUACAGCAUGUUUAUUUUAGUAGAUUUGGUACAAAUACAUGCUCUAGAGAGGGGGUUUCUCUGCCAUUUUUCUUACCUCUGCUUAUGGUAAACUCUCCAUGAAUUUUGCUUGCACUGGUCUUCUACUCUGGAUAGGAAAUCCUUUUUCUUAAAAUUCUAAAUUCUGUGGAACUCACUGCCAACCUCAGUUUCCCCAUCACCAAUGCCAGGAUUUUAACUGUAUGAAAAAUAGCACAUGGGAAAGGGAGUUCUAUAAACAUCUAUUCUUGGAAAAUAACAAGUGAACCCAUAGUGAAACCAGUCAGGAUUAAAAAUUAGAAAAUAAAUUUAAAAAGAAGAAUAUGAAACCUUAUGCUACUUAUACCAACCAAAUGUUAAUUAACUAGGGGUCAAGGAAACUUUUUUCCUCAAUUAUUCAAUUGAAAUCAUCAGUGUGUCUUAACUAAAGCAGAUGCUGAGGAUCACUACUGCAGCACAGUUCUGAUGCAGUGUAACUCCUGCUGAUGUUAACUUCAGAAAAAUGCUACUUGGCUUAUUAUUUGUUUAAACAAAUAAAACAUAUUUGAAUGAGAAACUUGCAGUGUUUAAGAAACUUUAGCAGUGUUUAGAAAACUUAGUGCUAAUGACUAGCAGUGUUUAAGAAACACUGAUCUUUGCUUGAAACUGUUAAGCUCUGUUUUGUUACCAUUAGUGAGUAGGAAAUACCUGUUUGUACAGUAGCGUCCUGCUUUAAUAGUUUAAUCUUUUACUUAGGUUAAACUUUAUUCUACCUGGUAAUAGCUUAAUGCAGUAGCCUAAUUCAACAAUCACUUUUCACUGUUCAUUGAAUUUUUUUGUGGUAUUUACAUGAUUAGAAUGUUAUUAGUUCUAGCAGAAAAGAUACUAAAAAACAGCUCUUCCAGAAUUUCUUUUUUUUUUAAAUAUCUCAUAUUUUACUGGCUAGGGACAUUCUUUUGCUGAGGAAUUGUAAACUUCAGUGGUUGUCAAAACUGGCCUUAUAUAAAAAGGUAGACCACCUCUGACCUGAGACUAUUUAUCAUCUUGACAAGCAGUAAAGCUGAAUAUUAGAACAAUUGUUUUCUGUAUUACUUACUUUUCAUAAAGACCAGUUGGCAAAGUUUCUCAGUUCUACUGACCAUUCCAACCUCUUGAGGUGCCUCUAGGUGAUGAAAAACUUUGUGAUAUACUGAUUAUCACUUCUCACCUACAUCAUUUACUAAAGUGGCACACCAGGCCAUAAACUUUUACUUCUCCAGAAGCCAUGCAAUGGAAAAUUGCUGGCCAAACAUGCUGUUUAGUUCACGCAGCUUCCACAUUGCUCCCACUGUCUGAUCUGCAGUGUCCCAGCUGCUGUCAUUACAUACAGUGGAACUAACAAUCUUUGUCAACUGUAUCUAAAUUUUCAGAUAAUUAUGGGCAAAUUGCUCAGUAAACCAUAAUUUAUUGUGUAAUUUUUCUAGAAGUACCUCGAGGUAACAGUUGCAGAGAAGAGGUGCUACUAAGAUACAUAUCUUAUUUCUCCUGUGACUACACACUGAGUGAAACAAACAAAAUAGCUUAAUUAUCUUUUAGAAUUGGAGGGUUGAUUAAAUACGAAGUGAGAUUAAAAACCUACACACAAUUUAUUUAAAGUGACAAAUUAAAUGUGUGUGAAUUACUCUAUAUAGAAAAGCAAGAUUUCCUAUAUACAGGCUACACACUGUUGAAGGCUAGCAGAAACAGCAAAAAUAGUUCUAUCCAAAUUUUAAGAGAAGUAUUUUCCUUUUACAUAGAUACUCUCCUAAAUUUAAAAAAAAAAAAAAAGACUGCUUUCAUUUGCCCCAAUACAGACAUCUGAAUCUCAUCUUCAUCCUCCCUUCACAGAGAAGGAAAAUGUACCUCCAGAGAACAAUUGUGUGACACAGUCUAUACAAUAAAAUGUUAAAAUAA